AUGAGCCUCGACGAAAAGGCCGUCUCGGCCUCGACACCAACCCGCCCCGCGAACGGUUCCCCGAUCCCAGAAGCCCAAACCAAGCCCCGACCCGAGCGAACGGCAACCUUUCAAGACUACCUCCGAGUCUUUAGCUAUGCCAAGCCAUGGGAUUUCGUUGCAUACGCUGCCGGCGUGCUGGCCUCCAUCGGCGCGGGCAUCACCCUGCCCCUGAUGAAUGUCGUCUUUGGCAAAUUCGUCGGCAACUUCACCGCCUUUGCACCGCAGACUGAAGCCGACAGAGACCACUUUCGCGCCAUGCUGAGCCAACUAUCCCUGUACAUGUUUGCCCUCUUCGUUGUCCGCCUCGGACUCAACUACAUCAACAAGCUGUGUUUCCGCAUGAUCGGCAUCCGCCUCUCAUCCGCCAUCAGGCUGCACUAUCUCGAGCGUCUCUUUGGCCAGAGCAUCCAUGUCCUUGACUCUAUGCCUCCUGGCUAUGCAACAACUACAAUCACCACCACCAGCAAUGUGCUGCAGCUGGGCAUAUCGGAGAAGCUCGGCGUUUUUGUCGAGUUCAUGGCUACCAUUAUUGCCGCCAUCGUCAUAGCCUUCGUCAAUAGCUGGUCUCUCACACUCGUCACCUCUGCAGCCAUCCUCUUCAUCCUGUUGACUGUCAGCUUGCUGUUACCCUGCAUCGUCAAGUAUCAGGGCCGCGUGGCAAAGGCCGAAUCAAAGUCCUCGGCCGUCGCGAGCGAGGCCUUGGCCAGCGUCCGGAUGAUCAUGGCGUGCGGUGCCGAGUCUCGUAUCGCCGCCAAGUAUGCCGUCCAUGUCGAAGAAGCCAAGCGACAUGCACGAAUCACGAGCCCCUUUGUGGCUCUCCAGUUUGGACUCAUCUUCUUUGCCGCCUAUGCCGCCUUUGGCCUCGCUUUUUGGUACGGGGCAAAGUCGUACAUGGAGGGCCGCCUGGACAAUGUUUCCACGGUCGUCAUUGUCCUGUUCUCCGUUAUGAUGGUCGUUUUCUCCCUCGAGCGCGUCUCCACGCCUCUGCUGGCCGUCAGCAAAGCCACCGUGGCUGCCUGCCAAUUCUUCACCGUCAUCGACGCUCCCCAGCCCGACAAGGGGCAUCUUAAGGCUCCUCAAGUCUCUGCAACGGAUGACAUCGUCUUGCAGAACGUCACCUUUGCUUACCCGAGCCGGCCACAUGUCAAGGUUCUGGACGACCUGGACCUCCGGAUCGAAGCCGGCAAAAUCACGGCCAUUGUCGGUCCUUCAGGCUCCGGCAAGAGCACGAUAGUCGGGCUGAUUGAGAGGUGGUAUAAUUUAAAGGAACAAUAUGUCAUUGCCAAGGCCGUGGAACAGAAAAAGGACAAGAAGGGAAAGAAAGACAAAGACAACCCCGAGGACCAAAAUGAUGAAGACGAUUCCGGCGCAGCUGAGCCCGAGGAAACCGGCCCCCCAAUCAAGCUCAAUGGAAGCAUCUCCACCUCGGGCCACCUUCUCGACGAGAUCAACCUCAAGUGGUGGCGCUCGCAGAUAGGACUCGUCCAGCAAGAACCCUUCUUAUUCAACGAUACCAUCUACGUCAACGUGGCCUACGGACUCGUGGGCACCGAAUGGGAGCAUGAGCCCGAGGACAAGAAGCGGGAUCUUGUCAGGGAGGCUUGCAAGGAGGCCUUUGCGGACGAAUUCAUCGACAAGCUCCCGACGGGCUACGACACAGUCGUCGGAGACAGUGGUGCCAAGCUGUCCGGAGGCCAGCGUCAGCGCAUUGCCAUCGCCCGGUCCAUUGUUCGGAAGCCCAAAAUUCUCAUCCUCGACGAGGCAACGAGUGCCAUCGACGUCCGCGGCGAGCGCAUCGUCCAGGCGGCACUCGACAGGGCAGACCGCAUCGUCGUAAUCAAAAAGGGUCGUAUGGCUGAGUCGGGCACGCACCAGAGCCUCAUUGCACAGGAGGGAGGCAUCUAUGCCGCCCUCGUCAACGCCCAAGCCCUCUCCCUAGGCGAGCCAGCUGACGAGGCAACCGACGAUAGCGACGGCAAGGAUGGCGAGAACUUGCCGCUGUCGCGCAAGACAAGCCGUGCCAUGUCGCUCGUCCACGAACCAGCCGAGGGGAAGCAGGAGAAGCAGCGAAACAUUGUUUCGAGCUUCGGGCUGCUCCUGUACGAGUCGAGAAAGUACUGGUGGCUGAUGGCACUGACCAUCUUCUUCGCUGCCUGUUCUGGGGCUGCCGUCCCGCUGCAGGCCUUCCUGUUUGCCCACGUCGUCAUUGUCUUCAACUACACCGGCUCUCAGCUGGCAGCGGAGAGUCUGUUCUGGUCCCUGAUGUGGGUGGCACUGGCUGUUGGCGUCGGCCUCGGGUAUUUUGGCUGCUUCCUCUCUUCGACGCAAAUGGAAACGAUUGUUCGCGCAAAGUUUCAGAAGCAGUACUUUGAAGCCAUCCUGCACCAGAAGACGGCCUUUUUCGACGACGAGGACAACUCGCAGGGCACCAUGACGGCGCGUGCCUCCGGCGACCCCAAAAAGCUCGAAGAGCUCAUGGGCUCCAAUAUGGCCAGCGUGUACAUUGCCGUCUUCAACCUUUGCGGAUCCAUUGCCAUUGCCUUUGCCUUUGGAUGGAAGCUGGCGCUCGUGGCGUGCUGCGUCGUCAUGCCCAUCAGCAUUGCGACGGCGUACUGGCGCUUCAAGUACGAAAUCGAGUUUGACAAGAUGAACAACGAAGUCUUUGCCGAGAGCUCCAAGUUCGCGUCGGAAAGCAUCGGUGCGUACAGAACCGUGACGUCGCUUACCCUAGAGGGUCCGACGUGUGAGCGCUUCGAGAAGCUUUGCCGUGGCCAUGUGGCCAAGGCCUUUCGAAAGGCGCGAUGGGUCAGCCUGCUGUUUGCGCUGUCUGACAGCACGACCAUGGCCUGCCAGGCCCUCGUCUUCUACUACGGCGGCCGCCUCCUGGCCACGGGCGAGUACCAAGCCCUCAACUUCUUCGUGUGCUUCAUGGCGACGGUGCAGUCGGGCGAGGCAGCCGGGCAGGGGUUGAGUUUCGGGCCCAAUGCCGCCCAGGCCACGGCUGCGGCCAACCGCAUCCUCAACGUCAGGGAGUCGCGCUUGAGUGACGGUGCCUCAACAAAGGAGACAAUUCCCGAUGCUCGAGGGGGCAUGAAGAUUGAGCUGGACAACUUGCACUUUACAUAUCCCACGCGCACCCUGCCCGUGUUCCAAGGGCUCAGCUUGACGAUUGAAAAGGGGCAAUUUGCGGCCCUGGUGGGCGCCUCGGGCUGUGGCAAGACGAGCAUCAUUUCGCUCCUGGAGAGGUUCUACGAUCUCGAUAAGGGGCGAAUCCUAUGCAACGGCAAAGACAUCACUGAGGUCAACCUGCAUGCUUACCGGGGUCACCUGUCGCUCGUCGCCCAAGAGCCGACUCUCUUUCAAGGCACCAUCCGGGAAAACAUUUUGCUUGGCGUCGAUGAGACGACGGUGACCGAUGCGCAGCUGCACCAGGCUUGCCGGGCCGCAUCGAUACACGACUUCAUCGUCUCCUUGCCCGAGGGCUACGGUACCAAUGUCGGCUCGCGCGGGGUGACGCUGUCUGGCGGCCAGAAGCAGCGCGUCGCCAUUGCCCGCGCCCUUGUGCGUGACCCAGACAUUUUGCUUCUCGACGAGGCGACCAGCUCGCUUGACUCGGAAAGCGAGAAGCUUGUGCAGGAGGCCUUUGAGCGUGCCGGCCAGGGCCGCACCAUGGUUGUCGUGGCGCACCGCCUCGCCACGGUCCAGAACGCAGACGUCAUAUUCGUCCUCGGCGAGGGGAAGCUGCUGGAGAAGGGAAGCCACGCGGAGCUACUCAGGCAGAACGGAGUGUACUGGCAGAUGUGCCAAAGCCAGGCUUUGGAUCGGUAG